AUGCGUGGAUCGGCGGACCCCGUCACGGGGGAACUGCCGCCGCAUGACAGCGUAACGCCCGACGAAGAGGUCGGCGAUCGUCGACCCCAGGAGCCGGAGGGCCACUCUCCGAGGGAAGGGUCGCUGCCCAGUAGGGGAAGGCGGAUCAGCGCGCUGUCCUUUCGGAGGGAUAUAACGCGAGACUCUCGUCUGCCUCGUCUGCAACGCUCGGCGACACAGCCGUUCCUGAGAGCGUCUCUACCGAUUCGAUGCCUGAUCCCUGUCAACCGUCGCUUAAGGCUAAGCAGGGACUCAAAAUGGAGCCGGUCCCUACCCAACCGUCGCUAA